CUAUUUUUAGUGAGGGCAAAUAACCAGUUUCAUUGUACGCAUGUCUGUUAUUAAUAGGGAUCCCGGCUUGUUUUCCUGAAAUAUUUUCAAGUUGGGAAAGAAUGGGCAAAAAACACAAGAAGCAUCAUAAAUCUGAUAAGAAAAUACUCGAGCUUGAGGAGAAGCCAUCUGAAAAACCACUGAAAUUGGUAUUAAAAGUUACUGAACCAGUACCUGAAGUAUAUACUGGGGAUACUGAAGAACGUAGGCAUAAACAUAAAAAGAAGAAAAAGAAAAAAUCCAGUGAAAAAGAAAAACACAGACACCAUGAAGAUGGUCAAAAAUUACAUUUGCAGGGACGUCCACAUAAAAGAGAGCGUGACGAAUAUGAAUCUGAAUUACAUUCACAUUCUCCACCAUACUCCUCACCUGCAGCAAAACAGUUAUUUUUGUCACCUCCUACAUCCACUCCGCAUCCUCCAGAUAAAGCAGCUGAAGAUGAUGAGCCUAUUGAAAAACGGAUGAAACUGUCUAACCAAGAAGAGGAACCAAAUAACAUGAAGACGUUCCUUAAGUAUAUGACAAAGCAAUUCCAAAGGAAAGAUACCCAUGGUUUCUUUGCCUUCCCAGUUAAUGAUGUCAUUGCUCCCGGUUAUUCAAGUAUCAUUCAAAAGCCCAUGGAUUUCAGCACAAUUCUUUCUAAAGUAGAUGACGAAGAGUAUGCUAGCACAAAAGAAUUCAAAAAAGAUUUUAUUCUUAUGUGUCAGAACGCUAUGAUCUACAACAGACCUGAGACUAUUUAUUAUAAAGAAGCGAGACGUUUACUCCACAUGGGAGUAAAACAAUUGAGCAAGGAGAACCUCCUUGGUAUGAAGCGUAACCUCGAUUUUAUGAAUGAAUUGACCAUGGAGGAACUUGGUCUGGAAGAUGAAAGUGAAGAUAACAUUAUCGGUGUCAAUGAUGAUAAUUUUGAUUCCGUCACAGAUGACCAGCAUUCCAAAGAAAAGAAGCACAAAAAACAGAAAACAAGCUUGAGUCGAUUUGAAGCGAUUCCUGAUAAUAUGACACCUGAAGAAAUUUUGGCACAAGCUCGUGCUGCAGCUAAAGAAGCCGCUGAUCUGCUAACUUUGAGACAACCGAAAGCACAGUAUGGUUUCUUAAGACGAAGGAAAGAUGGUAGUACAUCUUUGACCAUCUUAAACCCAGAAAAUGAUGGAAAAGUCAGUGAUACUGAAAAAGUUGUGAACCUUGGAGGCUUGGCAUCAAAACUAACUAAUGGAACUGGAGUUCUAACAGGUUUUAAAGAAGAUAAGCGCAACAAGAUCUCUCCUGUGUCGUAUCUUAAUUAUGGUCCAUUCAGCAGUUACGCUCCGUCGUUUGAUUCAUCUUUUGCCAACAUCACUAAAGAAGAAUCUGAUAUGCUUAUGACAACAUAUGGUGAUGAAACAGGGGUACAGUAUGCCAAAAGUAUAAUGGCCUUUGCAGAUUCUACAGGGGAUUACACUAUUAAAAUGGUUGACAAUCUAUUAGAUGUUCUAACAAACGGAGAACACAGCCGUGUGCAAGGACAAAUUGACCAACGGAAGAAAGAAGAAAGUAAGAAACAAGCUCAAGCUGCAGCUGAACUUGACCAAGCAAUGGCUGCUGCUAGUGCAGAUACAAGCUCACAGGACCCAUACGAUGUUGACUUCGAAUCUCUGAAAACUUUGUCAAGUGACCUUGGAAUGGAUCUGUCAUUCCUGGAUCAUUUUGAAAAGGAAAUCAGCAAAGAGAAGGAAUUACAGCAAAAGUUGGACUACACUGCAGGUCUUAUUCAAGAUCUUCAUUCCACACAACAUGAUCGUCUCAGUGCUAAACCACCAGUUCAUCUAGCCUUUGUUCCUGGGCCUUCACAAAAGGAAGCACAACUUGCCAAUAAAGUAACUCAAGAACUACGAGAAUUAGCCAAACAGGCUAAUCCAGGUGCUGUUGUCAGUGUCAAAGCUCUACGUAAUGCCAUGGGGAUUUCAAAUAACCCCAUUGAUGAUCUCCUAGAUCCUUACAAUCUGGAUGAUGAUGAUAACGGUCAAGCUUUGUUGUCUGCUGUUGGACAAGGGGAAGAGUCUGCUUUACCAAUGGACAUAGAACAAGAGCUUAACGAAUUUCUUGAACAGGGUUCCUUGUUGAAGCCUAGCCAGUCACCCAAAGAUACCAAAGUUGGUUUGGAUCAGAACACUGCUCUUUAAGUUGACUGAAUUAAUUAUUUUGAUUUUAAGAAGAGUGACAAACCAUAAACGAAUAUACAAACAAACACAAAAAACAUUCAUAUUUGAUUGCCUAUUAUUUUAGUAUUCCACCACAGUUUAUCAUAAAUUUUUUUUUGUUUUUGUUUUUUAAACCAUUCCCAUUGUUGUAUCAAUAUAUUUGGAACUCAUUUGUUUUUAUAUACAGAUAUUGAUAUAUUUCUCUCAAUGAUUAUCUUUCCAACAUUUACACAUGUAUUUUCAUAUUCCACAUGUACUUUCUCUUCCUCUUCCUUCUUUCAGAAGUUAUUAGUCAAGUUACCCAAUUUACACAUAUUGUUUAUUUCCUCAUCCUAUUUAAUCCCGAGCCAUUAAGACCAGCUAAAGUUCAAAAUCUGUUCAUCAUUUGUCACACUCACUCACCAACAGGGUAUGAGACGUUUUGGCACAGCUGUUUUGGCAUCUCUGGUUCAAUGCUGACUUACUUGACAUCGGCUGUUUUAAUGUUUCUCUCCUUUUGAUUUUACUCUCACCUCCCCUCUCUCUCUGUAAAUGUAUUGAAGAGAGGGGGAAGUGCUUAAGUCACUUGCAUUCAAUUAAUGAAUUCUUCUCUCUCUCUCUAUAUAUAUAUAUAUAUAUUUUAUAAUUCUGUACAUGUGUGUGUGUGCAUGUAUGUUUACCUCCAGCACCAUAAAGUACCAUCAGCAAAGCAGACUGAAUGUCCAGUCAGCUGUGUCAAACCAUCAGCGCCCAAGCAGCUGCACCCAAUCGUCUCACUCCAUCUCCAACACCUAUUUGUUAUGCAUCACCAAAAUUAGCAUUAUUCAAACAGCCGACACUUCAUUAAUGUCGCAAUUAGUGCUCGAAUCUUCAUUUGGACCUUAUCAACUUGGAUAUAUAUAUAUAUAUAUUCUACUUUUCUCAUCACUCAUCAGCAAGUUCUUAAUUUUUUUUUUUCCUCCUUCAUUCAAACAAUUUUGAAAGAAGAAUCUUCUCUGUCUUCUAAUCUUUUUAAAAUUUUAUUCUUUCUUAAGAACUACAUCGUUGAUGAACCCUUACAGAAAACACUUCACCUUUCAUCUGUUGUUAAUAUUGUACAUCUAUUUAUUGGUGGUUGUUUCAUUUAGUAUUCAUUGCUGCAUUUUUCAUUUAUUUUUUUAACGAAAGAAAAAUUAUAUCAAACUUAUGUACAGAAUAGAAGUAAACUGAAAUUAUUAUCAUUAUUUUUUUUUUUUACAUUUUACUUCUGAAGAAUUGUAGUAGCAAUAGAAAUAAUGCAGAUGGUAGCAGGCCAAAUGCAGAGGGUAGCAAGCCAGUACAGUACAGAGGGCAGCAGGCCUAAUCAGAUUCCUUCUUGUAUCUUGUUCAGUGGCUCAUAGUUUUUAAAACAUGGAUAGCUUUUGAUCCAUUGAUUCAAUUAUACUCUAUCUGCUUCUGUUAAUGGCCAUGUGACUAGCUAAAACAAAACAAAAACAAAAAUGAAAAUAAGUGUAAAAAAAGAAUACACUGAUUUCUUUUUAACUUUCUAUUCUUUGAUUGUUUAACAAAAACAAAAAAAUUAUCUUGCACAAGUGUGAUAAAUAGGACCAAUUGCUUAACUUUUCCUGAUCAGAUAUAUUUCUUAAUCCCUGUUGAUUUCAGGGGAGAUAAGGAAGGAUGGCUUCUUGCCAUCUGGGACAGGAGGAUUUCAAGUCUACAUUUGCAAGCAAUUGAAACCUCUAUCAACUUAUUGCUGCUGCUUAUAAUGAAAUGUACCACCUCUUGGAGUCUAUUUAUGAAUAGGAGGGUCAUUGAUACCUGAGACUCAACUAUGAAAACCUUCAGCUUUCCACUGAAAAUCCACUGAAACUUUUAGAUACCUGGGGUUGUAAACCUUUCUUCUUAAAGGUCAGAAAGGCUGUGAGCUGGCAGAAUUGUUAAUAUCAGAAAAAAUGCUUUGUGGCAUUCAUUCCUGUUCUUAACAUUCUGAGUUCAAAUCUUUGCCUUUCAUUCCUCUAAGGUCAAUAAAAUAAGGUACCAGUCAAGUACUGGGGUUAAUGUUAUUGACUAAUUCCCCCCUUCCCCUGAAAAUUGCUGGCCUUGUGCCAAAAAUUAGAAUUCUUUCUUAAAUGUCAGAAGUCUGAAACUUUAAAAUUUUAUCACUUACAAAUUAAUAUUUUCACUUUAAGAAUUACCAUUAUCAAUCAUAUUAAUUAAAAGCAUCAUCAACAUUUUUCUUUAACCAAAGUUCAAACUUUGGGAGAGAUUAACCACUUUGAUACUGUCUAUCAAUUCAAAAACUGAUUUACUAUUAGUUUCAGUUUACACAAAAAAAAAAGAAAAAAGCAAAUGAAGUCUCUAUUACCAAUUUGAAUUAAAUAUUUUGCUUAAUUAAUAAAAACAAAA